AUGGUGACAGCAGGAGAGGGAUACAACGCACCGACCACAGGCCACAAAAGAUCAAAAGAUGGCUGCCAAACCUGUCGCCACCGGAAAAAGAAAUGUGAUGAAUUGCGGCCAACAUGCAGUGGCUGUAUGAGAAACAAUCUGUCAUGUCAAUGGCUCGCGCACAAGCCCCAACGUCAACGGCGCCGUCGACCUUGCCAUCAGAAUGGACAACUAUGGCCUCGUGGUGUCAGCAUCCCACAGUCACUCACAGGCAUGGUGACUGUGUUUGCGGUGCCCAGCCGGCGGAUGAUGUGCCGCUUGCUGGACCACUUUACGCACUCCGGUCCGUUGUGGAUGUCCAUUGGACCCGGACGACGAGAUAGGUUUCUACGCCAUGUGGCUGGGUUUGCGUUGGAAAAUCCGUUGACGUUGAACUGCAUAUUAGCUAUGUCGGCUGCAGAUUUGGUCAAAUAUGACCUUGAAGAACCGGAGCUUGGGACAAUGGCGCUUGAGUUUUAUGGCAGCGCUAUAGCUGGGCUGAGUGCAAGGGUCAAGAAGGAAUUAAUCCCCAGAUAUCCAACCGAGAAACAUGCCUCUGCAUCAGACGAUGUUUUGCUGGCUAUCCUCUUAUUAUGUGUGCAUGAGGCACACAACUUUUCUGACGCCAGUCGGAUGUUUCCCCACCUCAAUGCGGCUGCCGUCAUACUGCGGCAGCAGCGGUGGUGCUUUGCUCCACGGAAUCCUGAGCUGCGAGCAUUUCUCCUAGAGAUUUUCUGCUACUUUUUCGCGCUGGUAGCUUUUUCUCACGGAUCGAGCUUGAAUAUAGCUCCAGCAGCUGGGGUAUUUGAAUUAAUUUUGGUCCAAGGUGAUAAUGUGAAGAGUCAAAGUCUACUUCUAGGACCCUCUCAGGAAUUGAUCGCUACCAUCUUUCGCGUCUCUAUGCUGACGCAUUUCUCGAACAAGCCAAUGGAUGAUGAGAGGCGGCUAGAGCUGGCACGUAUAGAGCUACAGCUGCAGAGCCUAGAUACGAACGUUCCGACUACAAAUUCAAGACAAAAUAACCAGGAUGAUCUGUCCCAUGAUGAUCUGGCGCUGUUCAAGUUAUACCGUCUCGCAUGUCUUAUAUACGUCAAGGGAACCCUCGAUCCGCGGAUAUCCCCUAGAGACCCUUCCCUCCAGCAGAUCGUCAUUUCAUUCGUCAAUGAACUGGGUUCUCUCCCGGGAGGUUCAUCUUUGAACGGUCUUUUAGUCUGGCCGCUGGUUAUCGCUGGUCUCUGUGCCGUUGCCUGUACUCACCAACGCAUCAUUAUUGGGCGUUUUCGCACCAUUUAUAAAACCUGGAGAACAGACAUAAUGAUCCGGAGCAUGGAGUUUCUGCGUGACAGAUGGAAGGUGUAUCGUGAGCUAGAGAGGGCAUCCGAAGCACGUGGUAGUUGUUUUGACGUGUCUUUGGCCUCGUAUCUUUGUCUUCAGGACCUUCGUCUGCCAGCUGUCCUUGUUUAG